AAUCUACGGUCUAUGUAAUCUUGCUGACAUGUUUUCAUUUGAAGAAAUGUUGCUCCAACAUCGCUGCUCGCCUUGGUUUUAAUAUGUAUUAUCUGUCUACCGUUUGUCCAUCUAAAACCACAGUAGCCUACGUAACUUAACCCAAAGAAAGAUUUUCGACUUUAAAUGUCUGUCAUCCAAUGUGAGAAUGCCAGUCGUCAAAGGACGAAUGUGAAUGAUAGAUAGUAGGGUGUGAGGAUGAACAUGACGGAGGAGAUGGUGGAGAGGUUUGUGGAUGCAGCAUCUAGGGGGGAUGUGGCGGCGGUCUCGAGCCUGAUCUCCCGCUGCGCCUCCCUCCUCGACCGGCCCGGAGCCAACGGCUGGAAUGCUCUGAUGCUGGCCGCCCGCAACGGACACUACACCGUAACAGAGACCCUGCUGUCACACGGGGCCGAUCGCUUGGUCGUAAAUCGCUCAUCCCAGACAGCCUAUGACAUCGCCAAGUUCUGGGGUCACACGCACAUUGGCAACCUGUUGGUGGGGACGGACAACCAAUCCCAACACAUCCUAGCGACCACUGACCCGAGCCAGGAGAUCUACUUCAGCGCCGAGCCUCUGGACCGUCUAAGCGAGAGGAGGAGCGAUGCGACGUGGCAGCAGGACAAACAGAACCAACCUGACUCCGUCUUCCUGCUCUUCUCCGAACUCAGCCCUCUGGUUCACAGUCUGGAGCCCAGCACAGGAUCUGGGGCUCAGACCAGCUUGUCCCGGUUCUCCUCCUCGCUGGUAAAGGAGUUGCUGCUCAAGCCAGGCUCAGUGCUGGUCUUCCUGGGCGUGGAGAGGAGACGUCCCUCCUCCUCCCCUGAGACCUCCAGUGAGCCUCCUGCCUGGUUUGCCAUCAACUCCACAGAGGAUCCAGAGGUUUUGCUUAAGUUGGGUGGGGAGAAGGACCUCUUCUGGGCACGAAGACCCAACAGAGACCUGCUGAACUUCAGCCAGGACGAGGCAGGUAUCUUAGCGCAGGCACGGGCGGUGUUGGCGUGGCACAGUCGCUACGCCUUCUGCCCAACCUGUGGGAGCAGUUCCAGGUCAGAGGAGGCGGGGUACAAGAGGACCUGCACCAAUGCCAGCUGUAGCAGUCUGCAGGGGGUCCACAACACCAGCUACCCUCGCGUCGACCCAGUGGUGAUCAUGCUGGUCCUCCACCCGGAUGGGGAGCAGUGUCUGCUGGGACGCAAAAAGGUCUUCCCCACUGGGAUGUUCUCCUGUCUGGCUGGCUUCAUAGAGCCGGGAGAGAGUGUGGAGAGUGCUGUGCGGAGGGAGGUGGAGGAGGAGAGCGGGGUGAAGGUGGGGUCUGUGCGCUAUGUGGCAUGUCAGCCCUGGCCCGUCCCCUCCUCCCUCAUGAUUGGCUGCCUGGCCGUCGCACUGUCUACGGACAUCAAAGUGGAUGAGAAUGAGAUCGAAGAGGCACGCUGGUUUCCACGGCAAAAGGUGAUUGAUGCCCUCUUCAGGGGAGGUAGUCCCGUCCUCCUCCUCUCUCCUCAACAGACCAUCGCCCACCAGCUCGUCAAACACUGGAUUGGCUGCAACUCCAACCUUUAACACCUCACAUACUACACAUGAACAGCAACAUGCUACAAUCCCAUACAUGCAUACAACCACCAACAUGAAUACAACAGUCAACCUCCAACAUGCUUCAUACAAAGGACAACAUGCAACACCAAAACACAUAACCACUAUGGAAUACCUGAACCCAACAUCGGCCUGGAUUAAGUUUAAUCAAAAGUUUUGAUUGGACACAUUCAUUGCAGAUAUUCCCUUAAAGGGCAGACGGUCCAAGUGGGACCUCAUCAGCUACCAAGCACUUCCAGACUUGAACAUAACAUUCAAAUGACACAGUUCUUUCCAGAGCAGCCAUUGCUUUUUUUAAAAGUCCAAAGGACGUCAGAUAUUUCCAAGUUAUGGCCGAUGUAAUAAAAAUACAAUUUCCUGAAUAAAAUGGUUGCAUGCUGCAAUCACUAACCUGGCUGCCCACUGCUCCUAGCUAGGAUACCUUCAAUGCAGAGGAAGAAUUGAUCCAAUAUGAGUUCAGUUCAUAAUUACAAGUUCAUUUGAAAUGAUUUAAUUACAAUAUUAAAGAGUAACCUGACUCUAAAACCAAA